UAAUUAAUUAAUGUUAAUUAUCUUCAUUUUCUUUUUCACCUUUAACCUUUUGACUUGAUUAAUGUUCCAUGAAUAACUAGAGAAAACUGUUUACUGUCAACUAUUCGUUUCGCUUUGUUUAUUCAUCAUCGAUUCGUUUGUUAGAUUGUGACAUUUGUUUGUUUUUUUUUCUUUCUCUCUCUUGUUUGGUUUCAAGUUUGGAAUUAAUUUUAAAUAUGUUUCAUUGAUUUAUUUUUAUAUUCUUUUCAAAUGAAUCAGAUUAAUUUUGUCUAAUUGUGGUGGUGAUUAUCAUCAUGUUUCCGGUUUUCUUUUUCUGGAGAUUUAUAAUCUAAUUAUAAAUUUAAUCUCUGUGUGUUGUGUUCAUCAUCAUGAUCUUUGGAUGGAUUUUGAUUUUUUUGAGAAUUGAUUUUCUAUUUUUAUAAUUGUUGAUGAUUCAAUUGGUUUACCAAUGGUUAAAGUAAUUCUCUAUUAUGAUUAGAAAUUGUUGGAAAUUAAUCAGAUCGGAUCAAUCUUUUCGCCGGGAAAAGAGUGAUGUUCAAUUACUGUUACGGAUCAAUUGGAUUGUCAACAAAUAGACCAGCCGAACAAACAAAAUUACAUGUAAUCAUUGGAGGUAAUCAAUUUGAUGAUAGCUGUUGAUUGUCACAAUUAGACAAAGAAGAUGAUGAAGAAAAGAAAUCAUCAAUUGGAAAAUCAAUUGAAUUUAUCACACCAAUGAGAAACAAUUAGAUGAUCAGAUGAUUUAAAUGAGCAACUUUCUUGAUUGACUGAUUGUCUAAAUUAAAAGCCACGGAUUCUUUUGGAUUAAUCCAGUUAAUUUAAAAGAUUGUGACUCCAUUUAGAUUGUGAUUCUUUCACUGCCAACCCGUUGGUACGUAAAUUAAAUUGUGCCCUAUCAAGACGGAGAAGUGAAAAAAUCGCGUGGUGGUUACUAUGGAUAACCAGGAAAAAGUGACCAUUCCCUGUCCAUGGGAUAGUGCUAAUUUCUGGUCUCGAACUUCAUUCGCUUGGAAUUUAUCCUUAUUCAAGAGAGGAUAUAAAAAAGAUUUGGAGCUAACCGAUAUGUACCGAUGUAGUACCAGCGAUGAAGCGGACAAAGUUUACAAUAAAUUGUCUGUAGAAUGGGCCAAGGAGAUGAAGAAAAAGCAACCAAGCUUAGCGAGAGCUUUACUUAGAGCAUUUGGUUAUCGUUACAUGUUAAUCUCAUUUCUUAUUCUUGGCUAUGAGGAUUUUUUCAUUCGGAUUAUUCAACCUUUCUUUCUUGGUGCAAUAGUUAAUUACUUUGGUAGAGGAAUAGAAAAGGAAAAAGAAUCAAAUAAUUUACUCUAUUACACCAUUGGAUUCUGUUUCUGUUCCAUAUCGUUUGUUGUUACUCAUCAUCCAUGGUUCGCAAAUGCUGCUCGAUACGGAAUGAAGGCUCGAGUUGCCGUUCAACGAUUAAUGUUAGAUAAACUGUUAACCCUUUCGAAAUCAUCUAUUCUCAACAAUGAGAUUGGUCAAAUUGUUAACCUAAUGUCCAACGAUGUUCAAAGGUUUGAUGAGUGCUCUUGGUUUUUACCUUAUAUGAUUAUUGCUCCUAUUCAAACGAUUAUCAUUUCUUUCAUUAUUUGGUCUUAUAUUGGUUACUCUUAUUUAGCCGGAUUUGCGGUCAUUUGUAUUUUCGUCCCUUUUCAAUUAUUGAUGGGCUCAUCUUUUGGGAAAACCCGACGGAAUACCGCUGGUUUUACCGAUGAACGGAUAAGAACAAUGACUGAAGUACUUUCUGGAAUUAAAGUGAUCAAAAUGUACUCAUGGGAAAAACCUUUUGCCGAUAUGGUUCAAUCGUUACGAGAGAAAGAAGUUAAAAGUAUCAAAUGGUUCUGUUUUCUUCGUGCCAUCAAUAUGUCACUUUCGUUUGUCACCACUCGAGUUAUCAUCUUCUCAUGUUUUGUUACCCAUAUACUACGAGGUUUCCCGUUGAAAGCUGAUGCCAUUUUCGUAACUUUGGCUUUAUUCAAUACGCUUCGGAUAACGUUGACACUUCAAUUUCCUCAAGCGGUUUCAACCUUUUUCGAAGCACUGGUUUCAUGUAAACGAAUUACGUCCUUGUUAGUAUUGGAAAAUGUUGUCAAUUCAAAUUCGAUUGCUGUUGAUAAUCCGGUCGAGACUCGAUUUGUGCACAUUGAUAAAUUAACUUCUUAUUGGGAUCCAUCUGAUGACGAUUCUUGUCUGGAAAAUAUUAACUUACAAGUAAAUCAAGGUGAUCUUAUGGUGAUUAUUGGUUCUACCGGGAGUGGGAAAACUUCCCUACUGUUGGCAAUUCUUGACGAGAUUCACAAUAAGACUGGUAGAGUUAUACGAAAUGGUACAAUUUCUUAUGCUUCACAGGAAAUUUGGUCUUUCAAUGCAAGUAUUAGGGAAAAUAUUCUUUUCGGUCAACCAUUUAAUCCCGAAAGAUACAAACGUGUACUCGCAGCGAGUACUCUGGAGCGUGAUAUCAUGUCCUUACCCUUUGGUGAUUCCACCUUAGUUGGUGAGAGAGGUAUUGGUCUUAGUGGUGGUCAAAGAGCGAGAGUUUCUCUUGCCAGAGCAAUUUAUCGUGAAGCUGAUAUUUACCUUCUUGAUGAUCCUUUGAGUGCUGUUGAUGCUCAUGUUGCAAAUCUUAUAUUUGAACGGUGUAUUAGAGAUUUUCUUUCUGGAAAAGCGGUUUUAUUGGUAACCCAUCAAAUUCAAUUCUUACAGAAAGCUAGUAAAAUUGUUUUAAUGCACGACGGUAAAGCGACCUUGUUUAAUUCCCUUACUGAACUUCAAGCAGCCAAAGUUGAUUUAGUCAGUGAAAUAUCAAAGGAAACAGCUAAAAGUAAAUUGAUUAAGGCCAAAAGAGCUCGAAAACGGGCUGAAAAACAACGUAAAUCAAAAGACGUGGCACAUUCACCGGUCAACUCAACUCCAUCUCGAGAUUCAACCGCUUCCCAACUUUCCGUGGGCUCUAUGCCUAUGGGAGCGAUUGAUAUUGUCCCAAUUAUGCAACCAUCACCUGAAGUUGAACAAUAUUCUAGAGGAACAGUUAAAACUAAAGUAUAUUGGGCUUAUCUGAAAUCGGGGGCCAAUUGUUUCCUUGGAUUAGCAACAUUGGCUACCAAUAUAUUGUCCCAAGUAUUUUUCACCUCUAAUGACCUUUGGCUAUCCAAUUGGACGGAUUCCUUUUCUGGUUCAUUAAUGAAAAAAUUUCGAGACAAUUUAAUCAUGGAAUGGCUUUGGUCUCGAUCACCAGUUGGGUUUUACAGUUUACCAAUCAUGGACUUUGAAUCGGCUGGUUAUCGGUCUGAUGUUCCCGAUUCGCAAGAUCCUAAUUUAACAUAUAACAUUGGCAUCUAUUCAUCAUUAAUCAUCGGACUUUUUGUAACCAGUAUUCUAAGGUCAACUUUACUUUUCCGUAUCUGUAACAAUGCCUCGAUUAACCUUCACAAUGUCAUCUUUUAUCGUGUCCUACGAUCACCAAUGUCACUCUUCGAGUCUAAUCCGAUAGGCAGAAUUUUAAAUCGCUUCUCUAGAGAUCUUUCAAUCAUCGAUGAACUUUUACCAUCAACUGCGUUUGAUUUAAUUCUGAAUUCAUUUACUGCAAUUGGUUGUAUAUUUGUUAUUGCCUAUGUUUCACCUUCAUUAAUUAUUCCAGCCAUUUUCUUGUUGAUUAGUGUACUUGCAUUAAGAAAGUUUUAUAUCCGCUCAGGGAGAGACAUUAAAAGACUUGAAUCAGUUGCUCGAAGUCCGGUUUAUUCGUUAAUCCAAUCAAUUGUCGAAGGAAUUGUAACAAUUAGAUCAUAUAAAGUGGAAGAUUUAUUUUGCCGUCGAUUUGAGGCUCACCUUAAUGAUCAUUCGGGUACCUGGUUCACCUUUAUUUGUGCUUCAAGAGCAUUGGGAGUUUUCACUGAUUAUUUUUGUCUACUAUACAUAAUCAUUGUUACCACUGUAAUUGUCACCAUCACUCAAGAUAAUGCUCCUGGAGAAGUUGGUGUUGCCCUUUCAUCGGUGGUCAUUCUUAUCGGUCUUUUCCAAUGGUCUGUUCGUCAAUCAGCUGAAUUUGAGAGUCAAAUGACUGCCGUUGAACGAGUCAUUGAAUAUACUGAGAUAGAAACUGAAGCUCCUCCAAUUACUGAUGUUAUCCCACCAGCGACUUGGCCUGAUUCUGGUGCCAUUGAAUUUGAACAUGUUAGUCUUAAAUAUCCAUCAGCGAUUAAACCAACACUUGAAGAUAUCAAUAUAACCAUAAAGCCUAAAGAAAAGAUUGGAGUAGUGGGUCGAACAGGAGCUGGAAAAAGUUCCCUCUUGUCGUGUCUUUUCAGAAUCGUCGAACCGAAAGGUUCAAUAACUAUCGAUAAAGUCAAUAUCAUGAGUCUUGGAUUGGACACUCUUCGUAAAAAAAUCUCAAUCAUUCCACAAGAAGCAGUUCUAUUUGCUGGUACAAUUCGUUACAAUCUAGAUCCAUUUAAAGAGCACUCAGAUGCCGAAAUUUGGGAAGCUUUGGGCGAUGUUCAAUUACGAGAAACUGUUGAUGAGUUUAAUGGAAAAUUAGAGUAUGAAAUUCGUGAAGGUGGAAGUAACUUUUCGGUGGGUCAACGGCAAUUGGUCUGUUUGGCUCGAGCUUUGCUUCGUAAUAACAAAAUUCUUGUCAUCGACGAGGCUACCGCUAAUGUGGACUAUUCAACUGAUCUUGUUAUUCAAAAUACGAUUAGAACCAAAUUCUCUGAAUGUACAACACUUACGAUUGCACAUCGAUUAAAUACCAUAAUUGACUCGGAUCGUGUUCUGGUUCUAGAUGCUGGUCAAGUUGCCGAAUUUGAUUCACCAUUUAAUUUACUUAAAGAUAAAUCGACAUUAUUUUCAAAAUUAGUUUCACAAACGGGCAAAGCGAUGGCACGAAAACUACGACAUGCAGCCGAUGAAUUUGAAAAAGCCCGACAACGAGGUGUCCAAGUUAUGUUCAGAGAACUGGUCAAGCCGAAAACGAAAACAUUACCUCUUCCCAAUCAAAUGAUUUCACCAAAGAAAAAAUAAUUUCACUUCCUUACUCAUUUGUAAUAUUAUCCUUUUUAAUAUAAUCCUUAAUUGUCAACAAUUGAUUGUUAUACUUUUCCCUUUCCAUUUUUUUCUAUGACUACAAUAAUUUUUUUCUAAUCAAUCAUAUCAUUUCAACUUUGGUGACAUAACUAUUUUCUCAUUUUUAUGAUGAUCAUCAUUAUUUUAAAAAGUUAACCAAUGAUAUAUGAAAGCUUUCAAAUCCAAAGCUUGACCAAAUAGUGGACACUCACUCACACACCCAAGGUAAUAACAUUUCAACUUACUGAGAUGAUUUAUCUGAAUCUUGUCGAUGCUCAAGAUUGUUGACAUUUUCCCAUCUCUCUCUCUCACUGACCGAUCUACUUUCCCGCCCUGUUAUCAAAAUAAUAACAUUAAUGAUGAAAUUCACUAACGAUAAUAAACUGGAGAAACAAAAAAAUGUGAAAUCGUUUCAAAGAAAGAAGAAGAGAGAACAGAAAAAAAUCGAACAAGAAAAGUUCUAAAUGGACUUUAAGAACGUAAGAGUAAAUCUUGAGAAGAGAAGUUAUUUUUUUCUCUUCCAUCUGUAUUUCGAAACUGAUGGUGGGAAAGUUACAUGGAAAGGAUAUAAUAACAGAAAGGAAACAACAACAGGAAAUAAGAGAAAGUGGACAAUGGUCAAUAUAUAAAAAAGCAUCAAUAUUAGAACAUGAGAUCGAGUCACACCUUCGUUUAAUACUUUUGGUCAGAAAACUCACAGAAAGACACACUCACAUGAAGGAAGAGAUAAAGACGAUGGACAUGAUGAAUUCUUAUUCCGUUUCUUAGUUUGCUCUCUUUUUUAUGAUGAUGACCAAUAAGGAGAUGGUCAAAUGGCUGAUCCAAAAAGAAAAGAUUUUUUCCUUUUUUUCUAAAAGAGAUAAAGUUCUGAGGGAAAAAAAGAUUUUUCUUCCUUCUCAACAUCAUGAUUCUGUUUCUAUCCCUCUGAUGUACACCUUCUUGAUUCAGAAUCAUGAUGGAAACUUGAAAAUAUUGGAUUUUCCUUCUUAUUUAUCUUCAUGUGAACAAAUUAUUAUUCUCAAUGAAAUAUCAUG